GCGCCCUGACUGGAGGGGGCUGGCUCUCCCUGAUUGAAUCCAGCUGUUGUGAAAGUGCUCGGAGGGGGCCCGUCAAUUUGCAUUGCUAAAUAAUCUGUACAGCCGACAGAGUGCGGAAGAAAUAGAACAGUCCAUUUUGAAAAGGCAUUCCUUCAACACUUGGUCAAUGUACCGAAGCUUCAGCUCGACCAGACAGCGGUUAAUGAAAACCUGGUGUCGGCUUUCGCGUAAAGGCGCAUAGUUGGGGGUGGUGAGAGCCCUGGUAGUGGCCAGGGGAUUAGGGAGAAUUUACGGGUCGUCUGAAUCUUUCCUUUGAGACUUCAAUAGCAACUAUAAACCAUGCCUUUUGCCGUGCGUGGCUUGCGUCUCUGGACUUCUGCAAGGAUGUUGGCAGCUCUGGUAUUUGCUCUGCUUUGUAUCCAGACUGGACAUAGUCAGACCUGCACAGAAGGGUUUACCUAUGACCGCAGGGCAAGACAGUGCAUAGAUGUGGACGAGUGCCGCACUCUGCCAGGUGCUUGCCGAGGAGACAUGCGCUGCGUCAACCAGAACGGCGGCUACCUGUGCAUUCCAAGGAGCUUAUACAACCAGCCGUACAGACCGGAGACCCCAGCCCUUCCUGAGGUGACUUACUCAGACCCGUCGGAGGGCUUUCCGGACGCUUUCCGCCCUCCGCCUCCGGGGCCCGUGGAGCCCAGCUACCCCAUCGUGAGAAGCACUGCACCAUGCAUUCUUGGAUACACUCUUGCAGAAGAUGGUACCUGCAGUGAUAUCGAUGAAUGUACGGCAAACUCUCAUCAGUGUAACCCCACCCAGCUCUGCAUCAACACGGCAGGAGGCUACACCUGCUCCUGCACUGAGGGCUACUGGCUGGUUGGUGGACAGUGCCAGGAUAUUGAUGAAUGUCGCUAUGGUUACUGCCAACAGCUGUGUGCCAACGUUCCUGGCUCUUACUCCUGCUCCUGUAACCCCGGUUUCAUCCUCAACCCGGACAGCAGGACCUGUCAAGAUGUGGAUGAGUGUGAGGAUGAGCCGUGCAGUCACGGCUGCUUCAACACCUACGGCUCCUUCAUGUGCAACUGCGACGAGGGAUUCGAGCUGGCGUCCGACGGCACCUCCUGCAUCGACUUGGAUGAGUGCGGCUUCUCUGAGUUUUUGUGUCAGCACAGAUGUGUGAACACGCCAGGCUCCUUCUCCUGCAUCUGUCCACCGGGAUACUACGUCUUUGAUGACGGCAGGAGCUGUGAAGACGUCAAUGAAUGUGACACUGGUAACAACACCUGUACAACAGCACAAGUAUGUUUCAAUUUCCAGGGAGGCUACACAUGCCUGAAUCCAUUACAAUGUGAACUUCCUUACGUUGAAGUCAGUGAUAAUCAGUGCAUGUGUUCAGCUGAGAUCCCUGCCUGCAGGGACAAACCAUUCACCAUCUUGUACCGACACAUGGACUUGUCAUCGGGGCGCAGCGUGCCUGCAGACAUCUUCCAGAUGCAGGCCACCACGCGCUACCCCGGGGCCUUCUACAUCUUCCAGAUAAAGUCUGGCAACGACGGACGAGAGUUUUACAUGAGGCAAACCAGCAAUGUGAGCGCAACACUUGUCCUGUCGCGGCCCAUCAAAGGACCCAAAGAGGUGGUGCUGGACUUGGAGAUGGUCACGGUCAACAACGUCAUCAACUUCCGAGGCAGCUCCAUCAUCCGCCUCACGAUAUUUGUGUCGGAGCACCCGUUCUGAGGGCUCACCCCGCGUGUCUCAGUGUGUCUCAAGAAGCUCCACCGUCCCAAACCUCUGGCCAAACGCAAAAGCAAAGAAAAGAAAAUCACUCAUUAUGCUGCUGUUGCCCCCUUGCAGCUGAUGUAAUGGUCCAUGUGAGACAGCUCAUCACCAUUACCUCUUUUUAGUCAUGGUGUCAUCCUCAAUAAAGAUGCCUCCGAGAAAGACUCAGCAAAGAUCAGCAGAUGGGAAAGCAUCCCCGCGCUCGCAUCCCCCGCCCUGUUUUAAUGGACACUGAGCUUUUUACGGCUACAAGAUGGACUUUUGACACAGAGGGAUAUUUAUGGUGUACAAUUUCUGUGAUCCUCUAUUUAGCAAAGUAUCUGAAAACAGUUAAAAUUGCCCUCACUGAAAACUCAGUGUCUGUGUUUAUGCAUCCGCAAUACAGUUUUGUGAUCUGUUCCCUAAAUUGCCUGUGAGUGAAUCUUCUCCCCUUCCAGAUGAACUGUGAAAGUGAGCUUUACAGUGUUCAGUUGAUCUGUCAAAGACUUUUAUGUGCCUCAAUCCCAAAUGGAGGCUAAGUGACAGGAGGAGAGCCUGUUUUUAAUGCAAAAAAGUGUUUAAAAUAAUGAACCAAUCAAUUAUUGACCGACUGAUUGAUUUAAUUGAGUUUAUUCACCACACUGGUCUAUGAUUAUUAGCAGGCUCUUGAGAUCAGCGAUGCUUUAAUUCCUGGCUAUUGUUUUGUCUUUGUUUUUUUUUGUGCGUGUGUGUACAUUUUCACACUCUAUUUCAAUGGGAACCUGUAUGUGAGCCUGGUCAGUAAAUAAAGAUAUGCUGGACCUGUA